CCUAACUGUCAGAUUCUGUUUGCCUGGUCAAACUGGAGCUUAUCAUUUCUGGGACUCACAGAGUUACGCUCUGGUUGGUAGACGGCCAGUGGUUAAAAGUUUAUAUUUCUUCUUUAGUGUUGAGCUGACAAAAAGGAGGCCACGGUGAUGUUCUCCACCCUGAGGAAGUUCUUCUGCUUUAAGAAAGAGCCAAAAACUCCCUUGGGGUUUUGUGAUGGCCCGAGCAGCGGAAAGGGAAGCUUGUGCUGUUGUGACUGUGGGACCGAGGAUAGGUACCAACAGCCUUAUGACCCAGAAAAUAAAUUUCAUGAAGCUGUGUGUCAAGGAAGGAUCAAAGUGGUGCUGAAGCUCCUUUCUAAGAAGAAGUUUGACAUAAAUGACAAGGAUAAAAGGGGACGAACCGCACUCCACUUUGCCUGUUUUUAUGGUCACCUGCAUCUGGUUUAUUUCCUCUUACAUAAUGAAUGCGACGUAAAUGAACUUGAUGAUCAAAAGUCCACACCACUAAUGAAGGCUGUACAAAGCUGGGAGACAAAAAUUGUUUCUGUCCUCCUUGAUAACGAAGCAAAUCCCAAUAUUAAAGAUUCCAAGGGAGAAACAGCAUUACAUCAUGCAGUAUAUGUAGACAGGCCUGAUAUUGUCACCAUUCUUCUUAAAUUUGGGGGAAAUAUUGAAGAAACUACAAAGGAUGGAUUCACCCCUCUGCUGCUAGCACUCCGAGAAAGGAAACUCCUCAUGUCAGAACAUUUAAUAGCUCAUGGUGCAAAUGUUUAUGCAUGUGAUGAUUUUCGAAGAACAACGCUCAUGUAUGCAGUUAAAUGGGAUUCUGAAGAUAUUGUUGAGAUUUUACUGAAGAAAGAUGUUGAUUACUCCUUAAAGGAUAUCUUUGGAUGGAACGCACUGCAGUAUGCCACAGUAGGAAAGCGCAAAGUAAGGAGUAUAAUUUUGGAGUAUGAGGACUCACUAUUCUCAAGUCAACACAGUGUCUUUGUAGGAAAUCAGCUCGGAGACAUCUCUCAAUCAGGAUAUGACUUCAAGUCGGAGUCGUUGAUUUCUGUGUGUUCAAGGACUGGAGAAGCUAAUUUUGAAACUCAGGAAGCUUCCCGAAAAGCUACCCAUUCAUCCAGCAUAGGAAAUGAUACAGAAAAAAAUGAAAUAAACCAAGUGUGGGCUGACAAAUGUCCACACCCAGAGCUUAGGGAUUAUUCUCAUCCAAUCUCCAAACCCAAGUCUGAACCACAGCAAUCUGAACCAGAUUUGUAUGAAGAACUAAAAGAAGAAAUACCAAAAUCUAAACUGGAAAAUGAGAGAAAUUUUGAUAAGAGUGCAGAAAAUCAAGAAUUUAGUGUGUCUGAUGCUAAUGGACAGCAAGAAACUUCCAUGGAAGCUCCGCAUUCAUCCAAUAUGAACAAUGAUGCAGAAGAAAAUGUAGUAAGGCAUCUAGAGAAAAGUAAAAACUGUCAUGGAAGACCAAAAGCAGACCUCAGAAGAAGAGCAGAAACAGCACAGUGGUGGAAAAACUAAGCGGUCAUUUGACAACCCUGCCACGAUUGCCUGACACCUUCUCUGACCAUCAAUCCACAACAGGACAGCUGAGGAGGAAAUCUGCCCUUCUCUACUAAUUGUUUCAAGAAAAAACAUGUGUUUAUUUUGUGUUUUAUUAUAUUAUGUUAUAUUAUAAAUUAUACUAUUCUAUUAUCUUCAGUGUU